GCUGCUCAUGGUUAACUUUAAGUGUGCACCUUGAAGUUUUUCUUAAUAGCUGUUUUUUAAAAAAUGAAUUGUGCCAAACUAAUAUGACUGUAUUUAAUCUUUCCCUUGGCACCCUUUCUCUUCCUCUUUCAAAAUUUUGUUUGAUUAAUAACAGAUGUCAAAGUCUGCAGAGAAAUUAGCUUCCCUAGAUAUCAGUCCUUUCUUUACUCCUGUCAGACUUACUACAUUUGUACAGUCAAUGUAAGACAGAGAAAGUGAGGCAGAAGUAAACUGAGCAGGAUCCCUUACUUUAAAACAGCAAAACCAUAAAACAAAAGCCACAAACUUAUCAGAAAGCUUAAAUUAAAUAAAUGCAAUAUAAAGGUUUAUGUGAUGAAUCAAAAAUUAGCAGUGUGACUGUUACUUUUUGAUGUAAAAAUAAUGUCACUGAGCUCACCACUUUUGCUUCACAUCUGGUCACUGCACUAAUUUUUAAUUAUCCUUUUUUUUAGCUUGCCAUUUUGUUGGAAAUAUCUCCUUCACUUCCUGGGAAAAGAAAGCAUUCUUACAUGUGCUUUCAGGCUUUAAAGAGCACACAUUGUAUGAAUUUUAGAUUUAAUUUUUAGUUUAAUGUGCUACCUACUACCAUUAUAUGUAACUCAGUGAUUAUAUAUCCAUCUUAUAACAACAUAGAAAUCACCCAUAACAGCAUUUAAGCCAAUAAAUUCACAGUAUGCUCUAAGCUCUUUUCUAAUUGGCUGCUGGAUCUUGCAUGUCAUAAUCACAUCACACAACAGUAAGCAGUAUCUAGAGUUAACAGUAGGGGAUUUAUUUUUCAAUCCAAAGUUUUUCUCCUCUCUCUAGUAAGACAUCUGAAACUCAUAAGCCAUCUUUAAGAAUUUCUUACAAAAACAUGCUGGAAGACAGCGGAUCUUGUUUGUAUCCUGAAGAUUUUUUUCUCUUCGUUAUUUUAAAUUAAUUGUCAACAGAUGUGGAACUGUUGGGUUGGUUCUUAAGUCACUCGGAGAAGAGAGAUGCAUCUACUCAAGGUUGGCACUUGGAGAAACAACACUGCCUCUUCCUGGCUUAUAAAGUUCAGUGUUCUUUGGCUUGUUAGUCAGAACUGUUGCAGAGCAAGUGUUGUUUGGAUGGCUUAUAUGAACAUAUCAUUUCAUGUUGGGAAUCAUGUGUUGUCAGAGUUGGGAGAGACUGGAAUCUUUGGAAGAAGCUCCACUUUGAAGAGAGUGGCAGGAGUUAUAGUGCCACCGGAGGGAAAAAUCCAAAAUGCAUGUAAUCCCAAUACCAUUUUCAGCCGAUCAAAGUACUCAGAGACCUGGCUUGCACUUAUUGAACGGGGAGGUUGUACCUUCACACAGAAAAUUAAAGUGGCAACUGAGAAAGGAGCCAGCGGAGUGAUCAUCUAUAACGUUCCAGGAACUGGCAACCAGGUGUUCCCCAUGUUUCAUCAGGCAUUUGAAGACGUCGUUGUGGUUAUGAUUGGUAACUUAAAAGGCACGGAAAUUUUCCAUUUAAUUAAGAAGGGAGUUCUCAUUACGGCCGUGGUUGAGGUGGGGAAAAAGCACAUCAUCUGGAUGAAUCACUAUUUGGUCUCUUUUCUGAUUGUCACAACUGCUACCUUAGCAUAUUUCAUCUUUUAUCACAUUCAUAGACUUUGUUUAGCAAGGAUUCAGAACCGGAGAUGGCAGCGAUUAACAACAGAUCUUCAUAACGCAUUUGGACAACUCCAACUUCGAGUAGUAAAAGAGGGGGAUGAAGAAAUAAAUCCAAAUGGGAAUAGCUGCGUAAUUUGCUUUGAACGCUAUAAGCCUAAUGACAUAGUUCGUAUUCUGACUUGUAAACAUUUUUUCCACAAGAAUUGCAUUGACCCCUGGAUUUUACCCCAUGGGACAUGCCCCAUUUGCAAACGUGAUAUUCUUAAAGUUUUGGGGAUUCAAGUGGAUGUUGAAAAUGGAACAGAACCUUUGCAAGUUCUAAUGUCAAAUGAACUGCCUGAAAACUUAUCACCUAGUGAAGAGGAGAUAAAUAAUGAAGUUUCUCCUGCAGGAACCUCAGAUAAAGUAAUCCAUGUGGAGGAGAACCCUACUUCUCAGAAUAAUGACAUCCAGCCUCAUUCAGUAGUGGAAGAUGUUCAUCCUUCACCUUGAUGGCAUGACUUUUGAGGAAGUGUAUUAAACCUGUAUGAGAAAUCAGGUCUUAAUACUGACAAGCAGUUUGUCUGUUUGAAGUGUGGUUUUUGUGUCCUUUUUUGUUACUUCAGUAAUUUUAUACAUUCUUUGUCAAACCUCAAAGACAGAAAAAAAGUCCUAGCAGGAUUUUUUUGUGUGUAGUUUUGGACCUUUGCUAAGUGUAAUUUUUUGUCAAUGUGUGUUACUCCUGUGAGUGUACAUAUGUAUAUGUACACAAUCAUGUUAAAGCUAAGGACAAACUAUUUUCUUAAAUAUUUUCUGUACAUAUAUUGGGCUCUACUUUGGUAAGAAAAUUACUGAUAUGUAAUAUGUUUGCUUUAAUACAGAAACUAUCAAUUAAGUUUGAAAACAAUAAAUUUUAUGUGCUAGGAAGAGUAAAAAUUAUCUUUUGAUAACAUAUUUAUAGUAUGUCUUAGUUGUGAGGUCAUUGUGCUGUUUUUUUCUUUUGCAUUCUUGGCACAAACAUUUUACAAAAUUUUAUUACUCCUAUUCUUGAUAAAUAGUUCUGUUCAAGCAAUUAGUACAUUUUUUUGUGAUAUGCAUCUGUAUACUGAAAUUUUAAAAUAAAAUACUAGCACUCUUUAAGUGAACAGCAAAUAUUUUAGUGUCCAGUGUUACUUACAAUAAUUGUUACAUGUUCAUAAAACAUAGAACGACUUUGAUACUUAGUCAUGGCAAAUUUACUUCCUAUGUGUUUUUUCCCCACUCCCCAAAUUUGUUUUCUUAAAUAAAAUAUUUAAUCU